GUUCUUUCUUUACUGUUUGCAGAGGUCCCACAAAAGUUUAAUGGUAAAAUUCUAUUCUGGAAAAAAAUGAUGGGAAUUUAACUGAAGCCAAUGUUAGUAUUCACUGUGAAAAAUGGGAGAGUAUCUCAAAAUGGCUCCACACUGUUUCAGUGGAUCAAGUGAACAAAAUUCAAGGGACCGAACUGGAAAAUGAGAAUGAUGGCAGCAGUCUACGACAAAAAUAUGAUCAUUUCUGGGAGACAGUUUUAGCAUUCCACUCAAAAAAGAAUGGAUGUGCUGGAGAUGCUAUCAGAAAUAGCUUUGAUGCUGACAAACUCAGGUUGGAAGCAGAAGAGGCUAGAAAUAUAAUUGACUAUGCGACGUCAAAGUUGAAGCAGAGAGGGAUAUCAGAUAAUGAGGAGAACCUGUUUGAAAUCAUGCUUCAUGAGUUAAAACUGUUAUCAAAGGUUUUAGACCAUCCAAGCUCAGGGGACAUGAAGAGCAUGCCUACGAUUGAAGAAGUGUGUGCAAAGUUGCAGGAGCUGAGACCAAGGCUACAGCCUUUCAUGGACUUGCUCUUUCCACUGAAGGAGCAAGGCAAGCAAGAGGACCAGCAGAGUGCUCAAAAGUUUCCCGAGGAAAUUGUGAGCAUUGAUCGGAGAGGGACUGACAGUGCAGUGGUGGAAACCACUGCCGAUUCUGGCAACCUCCAUCUUGCUGAAACAAUGAACAAGAAAUCUAGGAAAAAGAUCAAGAGUAAGCCACCAAAACAAACUACAGGUGAGAGAAAGGGUGAAGCUGGAAGCGGUAAUCACAAAGGCAAGGAUACCAGGAAGUCAGAGAAGAGGAGGAAAAGAAAAUAGUUGUUUUUUUCUUUUUAUUUUUUUGUUUGUUUGUUUAAUGAGUCUGUGAACAGGGUGAAAACAGAGCCAGAAUUUGCCGUGCAAAGGCUCAUAGAUUGUAACGGUGAUUAAAGUUAUUUAUAUGCCAUUAAAAGAUAUCUUUUGGUGUAUUUUCUGUCGAAUCGAGGGUCUGCAAAUAGCAAAGGAUGGCAAGAUUUAAUCUUGUAGGUAGAGUCUACACUUGUCACGGACUCACGAUCCAAAAGUUAACUUGUUGACAGGUGAAACGGUCCGAGUGGAUAAGCCCAUAUGCUAUAUUUUUUAUUAGUCAAUGUGGGAUUAUUACAAUCUCCCUCAUAUAAUUUUAUGGCGCCCUCAUCAGAAUUGGCUCCAAUGAGAGAGAAGGAGAGUCCAUCUAUGGCCAAGGUUCUCAAGAGAUGAUAAUCCUUAAAAGAGAACCAAUAUGUGAAGAUUGUAUAGAAUGGCUAAAACUUGAAACUUAGAAGUUUGCUGGUCAGGAAUAUUCAGGCCUCUUCCAGCAUACACAUUGAAGAUGUCAUGGCUAAUGGGCAAGAAAUGGCCAUAUGUUGAAAAAAAAUAUCGA